GCUACAAAGCAGAAUGAGCGGAUGUUCAGUGCGCAUUGUUGCUGCAGAGAGCUUUAUGCGCGCACAUCGCUCCCUCUUUGUCCAGUUUAGACCGUAGAUGUGUCUUUGUUUGUUGCAGAGGUUAAGAUAUUGAGUCAUACUAUCAGAAACGCUCCUACAUGGAAAGUUCCUGUAGCGCGCUCACCUCUGCGGCCGCGUGCAGCUCUUUUCAUAGAUGCUGAGGCACUCCUGCUGUGCAAGUGCUGUAGCAGACCCCAGAGGGCAGUAACAGCAGCGCCAUGGCUUCCUCUAAAGCGCUGGAUGGAGGCUGGGGAUGGGCCAUUGUGGCAGCCUCUUUUAUGGCCCAGCUCCUGGCCUACGGUUCACCACAGUCUGUGGGGGUGCUGUACCCAGAGUGGCUCCACACCUUCCAGGAGGGCAAAGGCAUGACUGCAUGGGUGGGCUCCCUGGUUGCCGGAGUAGGUCUGAUUGCCAGUCCUGUCUGCAGUGCUUGUGUAGAAAACUUUGGAGCCCGCCCUGUGACUGUCUUCAGUGGUGUAAUGGUGGCUGGAGGCCUGAUGCUCAGUGCCUUCGCUCCCAAUGUCCAAUUCCUUAUCUUUUCAUACGGCAUUGUUGUCGGCCUGGGCUGUGGUCUGGUCUAUGCUGCUACUUUAACAAUCACAUGUCAGUAUUUCGACAAGAGGCGUGGCCUAGCCCUCGGCAUUGUCACCACAGGGACCAGUGUUGGAGCAUUCAUUUAUGCCACUGCACAGAAUGAGUUGAUGGUGCUUUUUGGCUUGGAUGGUUGCCUGCUCAUCAUUGGUGCCAUUGCUCUGAACCUCAUGGCCUGUGCUGGCUUCAUGAGGCCGCUGAACAUGCCCGGUUACUACCUCAAACAGAAGGCAGCACUGGAGCGCAACACUGGGGAGCAGCUUUUGGAGAAGCCUCCUCUAGAGGAUGUGAAAAUUAUGACUGGCUCCUCCAUAACCACCCCACCUACAGUCAAAGAGCUGCUCAUCUCUAUAGACACCAAGGACUUGGCUGUUCAGAUGGAGACAAAGAAAGGCUGCUGCAUGUCUGGCUUUGUCAUCAUGAAAAUGAUUAAAAAGAAGCAACAGGCUUACUCUAAGUAUAUCUACUCCAUGUAUGAAAUUCUACAGGACCAAUCCAUGGUGGCCUUUUGCAUUGCUAUAUUCCUAUUCAGCCUUGGAGCAUUUCCACCUGUCCUGUUUAUUGAAGAUGUUGCUCAAAGUGAGGGACUGAUCGAAGAAGUUAGUAUCAUUCCCCUGGUUUCCAUAGGUGCCAUUGCCACCUGUGUGGGUAAACUAGUGUUGGGCAUGCUGGUUGACCUCAGAUGGAUCAACAGCAUCUAUCUGUAUGGCUUCACCAUGUUUGCAGGAGGGCUGGCACUCUUCCUCAUCCCCAUUACCAAGAGUUAUGUGGGACUGCAGAUCCUCACUGCGGUGCUUGGCUUCUUUUCUGGGAACUGGUCCCUCACCUCCUACAUUACCACUAAGAUCGUGGGCCUGGACAGACUGACCCAAGCUCAUGGCAUCCUUAUGUUCUUUGGAGGCUUUGGGAUCAUGCUGGGACCUCCUGUUGUAGGUUGGUUCUUUGACUGGACACAGUCCUAUGAUUUGGCAUUUUAUUUCAGUGGGACCUGUGUGGUCCUUGGUGCCUUUAUUUUAUUUGUCCUCACCCUUCCCUGCUGGAACAGGAAGAAUGUUGAGAAUGCCAAGUCAGACAUCCAGUACACCAGCACCUGUGACAAAGUGAUCUCAGUAGCAUAAACGCAUAACUUUUUAUUAUAGAAACUGUCCACUGCCCAGACAAACUCUGCUGAUGGAGCUGACAUGAAUGAUCUUCUGAGAAGAAUAUUUUUAUAUGUUAGGAGGGGAAUUCAGGGUCUUAUUAUGAUACCAAAAUAAUUGCCAGACAUUCUGAAAUACAGGCUUAUUUGUUGAACUGUUCUUUGCCUGCAUUUCUCAGGUUGAUACUAGACACUGCAAAGCUUUUUCACAGUUAGCUGUGUUUUUAUUGCCUUAUUUGUAAAGAAUUCCUAAACACUCUAUUUAUGACAUUUGAUUUUGUGCUGUUAUGCACACACUGUAUCUACUGCUGGAACACUAAAACCACUGAGUGUUAAUGCAAAUAUGAUGACAGAAAACGUAUAUGCAAUGGCAUGCAAGAAUUAAUCACAUAGAGUUUUUUUUUUUUUUUUUUUUUUUUUUUUUUUUUUUUUUUUUAUUACUUAUGACGAGAGCUUCAUUCAUGUGUUUUUACUUCAUUCUGUAAUAUUUUGAAUCAUACCAAAGGAUGUAACACAAUGCCUAUUGGAACAAUGGGAAAUCAUUUCUUUAUUUUUCUUUGAACUACUUAUUAAUUUCAUUAACUUGCCCUACAUAUAUUUCAACCUCACAACUGUGGCACAGCAAGCACAGCCUCUCCCUACAUGUGUUAUAACAGGCUGACUUUUCCUUUAUUCUUAUGGUUUCUAUAUAGCCUCGAGUACAUGUAAUAGGGUUGUGCAUCUGUUUGUGUGAGCCCAUGUAAAUGUGUUCAUGGUGUGGGCUCUGAUGUCUGAUGUCUUUUGUUAUAGCCUAGCUGAAGUUUUUAUGCACAAACUUUCUCAUAGAUGCACACACUGGCCUUCUGUAAAAUUACAUGUUCCCCAUAAGGAAAGUUGACUACAUUUGUUUGUUUUGCAGUAGGGUUUUAGAAUUACUUGAAUGUGUCUUAAAUAGACCACUUAAAACUGUAUUUGAUGGACAUUGUAGGCACGUCUAGCACAGCAUUUACUGUGCUGUCUCUUUUUAUUAAUGCUGUUCUUUUUAUAUGCCAGUGUUUUGUUAAUGUUCACUUGAUUUUUGUAUCGUAUUUAAAACAUGGCAAUAAAAAUGCUAAAAUACCCUCU